AUGUCCAUGGGGGAUGCCUAUGCCCACGCCAGUACGCGACAGUGUGGUGGUGAAAGUGGCGCCGCGCAAGGGCAGGAUAUUUCGACAAGCGAUGUUAAGCCUCUUCGACAGCCCGUUCCAGCAGCACCAGCAGAAUCGUUGGCAGUUACCGUACUCAUCCAACCUGAACGAAGACAAAUUCUUAAAUCACGGCACAUCCUCCAGACCAACCUCCCUGCACGGCCAGCAAAACUGAAGAGCCCAACACGUUCCACGUGGUACGGGCUCCCUCUCCCGCUAUUCGGCGAACAGUCACAAGCUUAG